AAAUAUCUAUGGAAAAUCGUAAUCUAAACAGCUGUUAUGAGUCAUCAACCUCCAGUUUCCUGUAUACCAAACACAACAUUCGGACCAAAAAUGUCGAAAGCAAAAAAAGUAAUCGAAGAAGCGAGGGAAAUCAAUAAUCCCGAAAUCGAUUUGGUUGAUAAAGGCAUAUCUAACCUCGAAGAAGUACCAGGAUUGUUUAAUCUUGCAAAUAUAACUCGAUUGUCUCUAAGUCACAACAAAAUACAGACUGUCCCAGCCGCCUUGGCUCAUUUGAUGAAUCUCGAAAUACUAAAUUUCGCUAACAAUCACAUAGAGGAGUUGCCAGUGAGCCUAUCUUCACUGCCCAAACUUCGUAUUCUGAAUGUUUCACUGAACAGGUUGAAUGGACUGCCUCGAGGUUUUGGCGCUUUCCCUGUGUUGGAAAUACUUGAUUUGACAUAUAAUAAUCUCAGUGAAAAAACAUUGCCAGGGAAUUUCUGUAUGAUGGAAAGUCUCCGAGCCUUGUAUUUGGGAGACAAUGAUUUGGAAUACCUGCCACUGGAAAUUGGAAAUUUGAAGAAUUUGCAAAUUCUGUCGCUAAGGGAGAAUGAUCUUAUAGAAGUGCCCCGUGAGUUGGGACAAUUGUCACGUUUGAGGGAACUGCAUUUACAAGCCAAUCGUCUGAUUGUGUUGCCCCCGGAAAUUGGUUCAUUGGAUCUGGCCAGUAAUAAAUCAGUAUUAAGAUUAGAAGGAAAUGCUUGGAUACCACCGAUUGAAGAUCAGAUCAACUUGGGACCUUCCCAUGUGUUGGACUAUCUACGUUCAGAAACCUACAGAGUUUUGUACAGCCGACACAUGUCAGCAAAGCCACCGCCGCAGCCGCUGACGGUGGACAAGAGCAAGAAGGCCAGCCGUGCCCGCUCCUAAUUCAUUAUAUAAUAACAUAUAAUGUGCCAUAAUUACUAACCACUUAAUAUAUACUAUAGGUACAAACCUUACUAGUGAACUACUACUUUAAUGUGAUGGAAGUGAAGCUAUAUAUCUGUCUCAGGUUAUUGACAAUUUAACUUAUAAGAACUCACGUGACUCAGUUACACAUGCUUGCCAGCCAACUGGUAUUCUUGUAUGAACGAGAAAUGAACAGGCGAAACGACAUAUACACAGAUAGCUUAUCCUUUACUUGUUAGUAUUUUUUUAAUGGAUGAUAAUGAAAUAUUGCACCAGCCUGAGCUGACGGUGUAUGCUGGCGGAGCAGCGGUGAACGAUGACAAGACGAGUAUGAAGUCAGAUCAGUUAGCCUAUCAUGAUCAAUUCACUAAUUAACCACGAUGGUUUCUAGGAACACUGAUUAGAGAUGGUAUACUGCUAGCAAUGGAGCCUUGAUCUUCAUUACUAACGAUUGACUUCUCCUUACAUGCUAGUUU